UUGGCAGUUAACUGGCCAUAGGUCUCCCCCAGAUGAUAUUUCAGCUGAGGGCAGUAACCUGCAUACCUAGUGUAUGGGCUCCUCUUAGACCCAGUACUCGACAUUAUACUCCUUAAACGGCUAGCCUUUCCAACAAGAAGUGUGAAGAGGAGAGGACAGGAUUUGGGCUUUUGAUAUGAAUUUGUACAGGAGCUUUGGCAGUCUUUUGGAGACCUGGGUGACUAACGGUGAACCCCACAGCCACAGCGCAGACCCGUUGGAUGGGGUAGCUUUGCAGGAGUGGUUGGACGGAGGUGACUCUGGAGAUUCCCUGGCAUCUUCAGGCGCAACUCCCAGGUCUAAAUCUGACUUGGGGACCCUGGUGGAGUCUGAUGUAGAGGAUUCAGGGGUGGAGAUGGCUAGCUUGGACCCUUCCCUCCCGUCCUCUCCUCACCCUCUCUCGCUGGGUAAAACCGAGAUGGCCUCUGACGCCACAGCUCCAGACAGGGACAAUGAUGAGCUCCCUUUGAGCUCUCCGUGUUCGCCUGUGCUCUCCCCGACGUCCUCCCGCUCCUCUUCGUCCCUCUCGCACGGACCCAUCACUGGGUCUCAGAGGCGACGGGAAAUGCACCGACGGGUGGAGAAAGCGCUGCAGAGGGCAGGCUCGGGUGUCAAGCAGCGGGUUCUGAGGCCCAGACGUCAGUGGCACAGCGCUUCACUCCCGGCAGCUCCAGCAACCGUCCGCAUCCAGAGGGCAGGAAACAGGUCGGCAAGUGUUCAUCUCAACAGGACGUCCAGCCUGUCAGUAGUGGACGAACAGGCUCCACAGGAGAUGCUGCGCCGCAGAGACCCCUCCUCUCAUCACAACUCUCUGCCCGGACUGAAUGACACAGUGGUCCGGAGGGAGAAUGUGGGUGAGGAGGGAAAGGAGGUGCUCAGCCCAGGGCUGGGCUACUUGGAGCAGGUGUGCCGCAUGCUGGAGGAGAUCGCCAGGCUACAGAUGUGUAACCAGGAGUUACAGAUGGAGAUGGAGUCUCUCCAGGAGCAACAGACAAGCAAAAAUUCAGAAUGCGAUCAGCUAGACUGCGAGGCUGCUAAGAGGCGCGACAGAUCUGCCAGCAAAAAAUUUAAAGUCAAAGAUCAUGAGGACUUACCCUGCCAAUCAUCUCACAAUAAUAAUGUUAAUCAGUAUUUUCGACGGAGGUCAGCAUCAGACACCAGACUCUUGAUGACACACCUGAGUAAGGUAAAGGAGAUGUCUGAAGGGAAGUGUCUGAGUGUAGACGAUCUGCAAGAAUGUCCCAACGACGACAAAGAGCAGGAGAAAAAAGAAGCUGUACAGAAAAAAUCUGAAAACAAGACAAAAAUUUGGAGGCUGCGGAUUGGCUCUCUGAAGAGGGAGGAGACUAUGGGGAAAACAAGCCAACAGAUUCAGCCAUCCGGCAAGAAGGCUACAGUACACUUUAGGAAGCUGUUCAGGAGAAGGAAAACUGUGUCUGAAUUAAAAGAGCAGAAUGUUUUAACCACAGAGAACCAUUGAUAACAUUCCUGUUCUACAGCUCAGAGAAUUCCAACAUUUUAGCACAGUAAAUGAGCAAACUGUAAAUGCACAGGACUCCAACCUAUUGUAUUGGUCUUACUGGUGGAUAUGUAUGUGUUUAUUUAUUGUCUGCUGCUACAUUUUGACAGCGAUGCUCAGGUGUUAUAUCUUUUUGUAUUUUAAUGAUAUGUUGCCAAUGUGUUUAUUUGAUUUCAGUCAAAUACAUAAGCUAUACAAUAUAAUGAUACUGAUUGCCAUAACUGAAUGACAUUGCAGUGUACUAUAUAUUUAAUCAGUUAUCCAUAUC